UUGGAAGAAGCAGCAUAGGGAACAAACUUUUCUCUCUUGGCUGCUGCCUUUCGGACUUUUCCACAUUUCAUCAGGGAGCUCGGUGUUUACAGAGGGACGAUAAUUUGUUGGUUUUAUUAGUUCCAGAGUAGUUUUUUUUUUUUCUCAGCCUGUUUGUUGUCCUUUGAAUUUUUUAACUGAUUAUUUCUCCACUGCUUGAGCUUUGAAGAAGGCGUGACCGCACAUCUGAAAUCCUUCCAAACUUUAGCAGCAGCUCUUCUCCAGCUCAAUGGGAGUGUGAGGACUCAAACACACAUACAUUAUACACACACACACGCACAUGCACACACACACACACACACAGACACAAACACACACACACACACACACACACACCCACACACACCUGUUGCUGAGGAUUCCCCGGGAUUGCAGUCAUGGGCAUCUGCGUCACUGCUGCUUGAGGGAAUCUGUGCAGUCUGUGCAGCUGUUAUCUGCCGGCGGCCUCGCUGAAUGUUACAGUAGACGCUGACCUGCCAGCCAAAGGAUAGAGGGGGGAGAUGUCAUCCUACUACCCACGCACCAAGGACCUGACUCGCACCAGGAAGUCACUGACUGAGUCACCACCGUCCUCUCCGUCCCCUACAGACAAAAACUACAGACAUGAAAGACUGUCAAGGUACGACUCGAGUGGGGAGAGCGCCACGGACAAACCCGUGGGCCGCACCGGCUCGUACACGAGGAGAGAGACGAGGCUCGCCGCUCUGAACCGACAGGAGCAAGACUCCACCGCUAAAGACUACAAGAAGAUGUACGCAGAGGCCUUGCAUGAGAACGAGAGGCUCAAGUCCAGGCUGCAGGACAGCAAGCAGGAACUGGUCAAGAUCCGUUCCCAGCUGGAGAAAGUCACCCAGAGGCACGACAGAAUAUCAGAGAGAUCCACGGCGCUCGAUAUGGAGAAAAGGGAAAAACAAGCUCUUGAGAAAAGAGUGUCAAACAUGGAGGAGGAGAUAAAGCAGGACGCCCCACUGCGGUUCCGCUGUGGGUACCAGCCCUGAGAGCAGGCUGUCUCAGGGGGAGGGGGGAUGAUCUUAACAGAGCUGAAGUCAGACAACCAGAGGCUGAAGGAUGAGAACGGGGCUCUCAUCCGGGUCAUCAGCAAACUGUCCAAAUGAAAACAGCGAUGUCUGACACUCCUGUUCUGUCUGUGGACACUCCGGCCUUGAUGCGAUACGGCAGAGUAAUUAUCCACAAUGUCCCAAGUUGUGGCUCCUCUCCCAGUUAUGGAAGUAAAUUAAUGGUUGGGACUUUGUUAGAUUUGUAAAAAAAAAAAAAGACAUAACUUUACUUCACAUCAACCAAACAGGGACCAGUUGUACUGUUUGAACAACCAGUUCAAACAAAUCCAGGGGUUUGCAUGAAUGUCUGAUAUUAUACUACUCACACGUCACAUUGAGACGUCACGUUUGUUUGCGCACCACUGAAAAGUACUUUAAUGUUGUCUUAAUUGCGAAAGCGAGAAGCCAAUUAUUCAUCAUCAUUUAACCAUGCUAUUUUUUCCCCCCACGCCGAACUGGCAGAUACAUUUGAAUAAUCUGAAUUUUUAAUCAUAAUACGUGACCGUACCAAGUAAAAAACGAGACCCAGCCAAGAUGCUGUGGUUCCAGAAGCAUUAACUAGAAUAUAAAUCCACCGAGGCAUCCGAGUGUUCGACCACUGAAGCCAGCACAGCUGUAAGAUGCAACUCACUGGAUGUUUUUUCCAGACAAGGAAUGUAUUAAAACAAUCUCCAGACGUUUUUCAUAUAUAUAUAUAUAUAUAUAUAUACAUAAUACAUCAUUUCCAAAUUUUUACUCCAGAUAAUAAGAUGCAUGUUUUGGCUUAUCAACUAACUCAGGUUUGUCACUCAGCUGUGCCUGCUCACCCCCCUCAGCUCCACUUUAAUUCAAAUUUUAUAACCAUGAACUCGACCUCCCUUUCAGAAACAUCUCAUAGAGACAAUAUUGAUGUUUUCUGAGAGUUUUUAUGGUUCAAGUAUCGAAGUUUCAGGGCCCUGGAAUAUAUUCAUACAGUUUUCAUCACAGCAGCAGAUCUGUACAACAUUUCAGGUGACAUUUCAGUCGCAUUUAUUUCUUUUGGAUCAUGUUCAGAGUAACGUCCACGCUGUAUUCGGUAUUUGGAGAGGACUGUAUGUUAGCACUGAAAGGCAGAGCACUGGCUGUAUGCACUUUGUUUAGAGCGGACGUCGCAGAUCUUUCAUCACUAGCAGCGCAUUAUAACAUGAUUUAGCUUUUGCCAGAUUCUGUUCAUCAGUUCUGUCCCUUUUCGUUUUGCUCGUCCUUCAUUUUUUUUUUCUGUAAUCCAAUGGCUCGGCUUCAAACAGCAGGAUAGCUACACAUAGGAGUGUGUGCGAGAGAGAGAGAGAGAGAGAGAGAGAGAGAGAGAGAGAGUGAGUAUGUUCUGUGUUUUGUGUUGUAACAGAGAUAUAUUUAUUUAUUUAUGCAUUUCUUAGUUUUAAUCUUUGUACUUUGUUUUAGUACCUUUUUCGAAAGAAACGCGCCGGUUGUUGUGGUUGACCUUUUGGCCAUCUCUCUCGUCUUGUUAGGUGAUGAAAAAAAAAAACAAAUACCAAAAUCAAGACACACGCUGUGAAAUCACUGCUGACAUUUUAGUCUCCGUAAUAUUGUGCAAUCUUAAAUAUCAAGCACAAUCCGGAGUUUUCAAGGGAUAAACUGUUCCUCUCCAUGAUACAGUGCAUUUUGACAUAACUCUGUUGUGCAUAUGAUAUUGCCACAAUUAAUUUAAUGACUUGUUGAGUUGCCAGUUUAUUAGACACACAUGUAAUACAGUCCAACCCUACAGACCUGCAAUACAUCAUAACUCUAAGAAGCUUAUCAGCUCUUCAGGUCGUUUACAUUAGAUAACCUACACUGGUGCUACUGUAUUGUUCAGUAUUUGGGGAUCAGACAAUGUUUGAACAAUAAGAAAAGCGUUCACUCUACUUAAGGGUGCAAUAUAUAAGAAUUAAUACCUCUGCUGCUAACUGUAGCUGCCGUUAGCUAGUGAGCUCCAUUAGCCAUUGUAGCGGUCAUUUGCUCACUGAAGCCUGAAGUAUCGGUGAGUGUUGGUGCUGUUUACUAUCCGAAAAUCACCUCUUGAGGUACAAAAUGGCUCGAGGCUAGCUGGUUAGCAUCAUAACUUUGAAAAAAAAACCUCAGCAACACAAUAAACUGACAUCUUUGACAGAAUUAUGUUAGAACUUCAGAUUCUGUUGAUGAUUUUAGUUAAUUUUUUUAAAGGUUUUAAACAAAAACAUUUUUUUCUUUAAGGGUAAGAAAUACAAUAACACCAUGAAAGCCACCGUGUAGUUUUUUUUUUUUUAAAUGGAGUGCAUAUAAUAGACCAUAUUUGCAUGGCAGUCAUUUGUUGGAAGCUUGAAGAAGCAUUCCAAGUUGCAAACCAAAAAACAUGGGGGAAUCUGACUAUUUGUUAUCAUUUCACCACUUCCCGAUUUAUCAGCAACUGAAAAGACAUUGGGAAGUGAAGAUCGGGCCAUAUUUCAAGUUAAAGCAGCAGAUUUGAUUACCCCUUAGCUAACAUUAACACGCUUUAAACCACUUCCUAGCUAACAUCACUGCUUGACUUCAUAUCUUAAUAUCCAGUGAGUUUCACAUCCAGGCUUAAAAAUAUACAUUGAUAUUUUGGAAUAAAAGUACGCCCUUUCUAUCAUUUCUUGUUACACUGUCAAACAGUCAUAUAAGCCAGGAAGUGGUUGAAUGCUGAAGUUAGCUGUUGUCUACUGGAAGCAAACAGAUAUUUUGUUUUACUUUGAAAGAGGGCCAGAUUUCCCUCCAAAUUUUUUUAAAUAUGACUUGGAACAUAGGAGUGCAGACUGUGAGCUGACUAUAAAAUGGCCGCCACGUGAAUAUAGUCUACAGAGUGCUGUCAAUUUCAUUGUAAUCAAAAAAGUACGUUAUUUAUGUAUCUUAGUAUCUUCAAUGUGUGAAAACAGCCAGAGUCAGCUUUACAUUUGCAUUAAAGUACCUUCAGUUGUCACAAGUGAUGAGCAGGUGUGUCUCGUACUAGAAUGAUUUUGAUAUCUGUCUCCUCGCCACUUAACGUGUGAGCUGACCAAAGUCCCGGCUUUUGAUGUAAUCUUUUCGGAAAUGUGAUGCGGGGCGGCGAGCUUUUAACACAAGUGUUUCUUUGUUCACGUUGAGUAAAUAAAAAUAUAUGUCAGCUGCAGUAUUUUCUACAUGUGCCGUAGAUGUAUUGAACUACGCAGUGUAUUGUGUUGAAACGUGUUGAUGAUGA